AUACCCCUCAGACAUUUGGAAUAAGUGUUAGUAUUCAUUGUAUUCAUGUUACCAUCCCUAUCGCCGAGGCGAGGGGUUGGUGCAUGCAUGUAUUUCUAGUACCAGGAUUAUUGAUGUGUUUUAUAUAUGGUGAGGAAUUAGAGUGCAAUAUCGUUGUAGUAAAACGCUUCGUGGAUCGAUAUUUGGUACUGCAUAAGAUGUGAGGGACGAUCGUGAUGAUCAAUUCGAGAUAGCCAAGGUUUUGAUAGGAGUGUGUCACAAGGUUCGCUUGGCAUGUGUUGGUUAAUUUUUGUUCUCACUUGUAACCCAGUGUGUCCCACGGCUGUCUUAACCACGACGAAAUAAUCUAAAGGAGUACCGAAGAUAGUGUUAAGCAAUUGAUUAUGAAGGAAAUACUGCUCUGAAAAGGAUUCUUUCAGGCCCUUAUCAGAAGUUUUCAUGCGCUUUAACCGAGCUUAUGGCAUCGUCUUAUCGCACAAGAGAGUUCACUCUCAACUGCGAAAAAUGUUCAACAAAACUUGCAAAGAAAGAGAUUCUAAUGCUAGCGACAAUGCCACCAUCUCAGUAUCAUCUUUCUGUCAAAGAGGACAUGGAGGUCGAAGCUUAUAAAAAGGUUAGAAAGGUAGAAAAUUCUGGAUCGCGAAAAAGUAGGCGAUACUGUCCAUAUUUAAUAUAUUGCCGCGAGUGUGGGACUCAUGUUGGUAAUGUGACGCACCUGGCUUCAAAAUUGUUAAUUUGCUACAAAGUGGAAAAUAUCGAUAUCUCGAAUGGCGUAGAAAACAUAAAAAUGGGGAAAGUUUCACGCAUGAUUGAUACUUUUCAGUAUUUAGGAAUCGAAAUGAUUAAGUAUCUCCCAGAUGAAGUCACAGGCAAGUCACGGCAGAUUUCGGUACCAAUGAAAUACUGCGACAUUACAGGAUUGACUGAUACCUCAGAAGCGAUUAACUGUUUGACAAGUCAGAAUCCAAGAGGAUACCAGCGUGAAUUAUUUCUGGCCGUCAUGCGUGGGAAUACGUUGAUCUAUCUUCCGACAGGAUCCGGCAAGACUUUAGUUGCUGCGAUGGUGUUCAGUUGCAUGAAACAACUUAAUCCCAGCAAGUUGAUGGUGUUCCUCGUUGAUCGCGUACCGCUAGCUUAUCAACAAAGUGCAUAUUUUAAAUCUCAGCUUCCUCAUAUGGAGGUCCGGACGUUGACAGGUGAAAUGAUUCCUUUUUUGAAGAAGAAUGUGUAUCAGGGUUUAGACGAAGGUACUGUCGAUAUCUUGGUUCUUACCCAUCAAAUAUUACUGGAUUCAUUGGAAAGCUCCAUAAUCCUACUUUCCAAUAUUUCAGUUCUCGCGUUCGACGAAGCGCAUCACUGCAAUGGCAAUCAUCCUUACAAUAAAAUCUUGAAUACAUUUUACGACAACACACCUGAUUCGUUCAAACCUCUUGUAUUAGGAUUAACCGCUUCUCCUGCUGGCGAAGUUACAAAAGAAAGAACAAUUGAGAAGCUCCAAAAGUUAAUGAAAAAUCUACAUUGCAAAAUUGCGAUGCCUAUCAAAUCAGGCGAUUUGGUUGCCCAUGUCCACACUCCAGAUACGAAAUACGAAGACGUAACUACCACUAACACCCGCCAAGUUAUUUUCGAAAAGAUCAUCAAGGACCACAUUGAUCACAUUGUAAGAAGCCAUAUCGAAUCCAAACAGGGUUUUCAACAGUUACUUAAAGGGCUUCCACCAUUUUCUAGUAAUUUCAGAGGUGCUCUGAGAAAUUUAAUAGAAAGAUGCCAAGGCGAUAGUUCCACGAUAACAGUCUUGAUUGUAGCGGAGCACAUAAUGCAUCUGCUGGGUGUUAUUGAAGUGGGCCAAAUACUCUCCUACAGGGACGCAUUGACACACCUCAAUUAUUGCAUAAACAACAUCGUUCAAGGUAUUUCUCCUACCCAAAGUGUCCUAAAAGAUUUGUUUGGAACCGAGGGUCCGUUUCAUGAUCUGAGAAAACACACUGCCGAAAAUGUCGAUGAUGACUGCCUUAUGUCAGACCGAUUCACACGCCUUGAGAAUCAGUUACGUCAGUUCAUUUCUCGAGUCAAAGAGGACCCAUCUUCCAGGGGAAUUAUUUUUGUCUGUAUGCGCAAAACUGCUUACAAACUCUGCCAGAAAAUCCGAGAGAAUGCAGAAGUAUGCAAAAUUUUGAAUCCUGCUCCAUUAGUUGGUCAUGGAGAUGGGAGUUAUGAUGGAAUGGCGUGGAAAGACGAUCAGGAAGUUUUAUUGGAAGAAUUUAAAUCGGGAGAAGUUAAAUUACUUGUCACUACAAGUGUCUUAGAAGAGGGAUUAGAUGUUCCAAUCUGUAAUUUUGUCGUCCGCUUUGAAGGGGCUGCAACAUUGCGCGCGUUUGUACAGUCUCGCGGACGUGCCUCGCGCAGGCCUGGAAGUCACUUUGUUGUUAUUUGCACUGAAAAAGAAAAGGAUGAAGCAAUACAUUUACAAGAAAAAGAAGAAAACAUGAGUGACGCAGUUGCGGAUAUUAUGGACAAGGAUAACUCUAAAUCACAAGCAAGAGAAUUCAAAUGCGAUAUAAAACCGCCAGAUUUUAUCUUACAUGGAUUAAGUGGAAGCACAGAUACUGAAACAAGCCCUAAUUUUAAGCGAUACUGUCCCGUUAUCGACGUAGUUAUUCUGAUCUUUGAGAAACAGAAAGACAAAGGAAAAGAAAUAUCAAGCACUCUUACUAAGUUUCUGGAGAGUGAGUUCAAUGUCGUCUCAACAAAAUCCGAUCUAAGAUUCCCUGAAGAAGGACAGUCUGCCGAAAUAUCAUUCAUGGUACGGGAAAAGGACCACAGCAACCAAGAAUUUAGAUCAAAGAAUGAGUUCAUUUGUCAUGUCUCGAACGUGUGGUGCAAUAUCCCAAUAGCCUUGCCAAUGGUUUGGCUGCAUCCUUUACUGCCUCAAACUUCUCGCAAACACAUCGAACAGCUUCAUGUUCUUCCAGCGAUGACUUUUUUUCUCGGUACCUUUGUCACUCGAUCUCAGUUCCAAUGCGAAUGGCCCAAUGAUCCAGUAUUCAAAGAUGUAAAAUUGCGUUUUGAUCAUAUCUUCAAAAUGUUAACGGUGUUCUUCGUAUUUGAAAGACUCCAUUUCAAGUUGGAAAUUAGGUAUGAAGAAUUUGAAGAUUUUCUUUUGGUCGAUAGCAGCGGAACUAAUGAAGAAAUUAUAAGAAUUUUCUUCACGGUGAGACACCCUCCCAAGUUGUAUCGAUCUAUUCAGAAUGACGAUGAGAUUGACAAUGGCAAUGACAAUGCUAUCAAUAAUAACAAUCCUGGAGAUGAGGGUAUUGAUGUUAGCAACAUGUCGGAUAGCGACCCAGAUGGAUUUUCUACGGAUGACGAGUAUCCAGACAUGGUAAGAAAUUAUCAUGAUCGCUCUGUACCAAGUUUUGCAGAUGAUGAUAAUUACUGGGAAAGAGUAGCUGAUGUUGCAGUAGGUCAGGAUGAAGAGUUUGAAGCGUGGAAACAGUGCUUUACAUUCUGUUUCAAUAUUCCUCCCGAAGAGUACAUACUUCUAAGAUCAUUGCUGAACACGCUUGAUGCCAAGUUAGGGAAAAAAGCUUUUUAUACCAAAGUAGAGAAUUCUUAUGGAAGCCUUCCAAGCAUCGAUAUUUCUAACGUCAUCAAUUUUGAUAUCCGCUACACAUUGGAGAGUAUAUUUCGAUCGUACCCUUCGGUUCGUGGAAGACUCGAUGAUUGGGAUCUUCUUGAUGAACUAUUACGUAAUCGAGAUCCGCAUGUAGUUGCGACUUGCCUCGAUAAGCUACGUAAAGCUCUCGAACGUGACUCUUUUUGUGACGCCCAGCAAACCCUACAUAGGCUUCUGACUGAAAAUAAGCAAAAUGUGUACAGAAAACACCAAAAUCAAGUUCCAGGUCAUUGUGCUUUAAUCAAACGAGUUAUUAUUACACCAACCAGGAUUCUUGUGUAUCCACCCGAAGUAAUGGUGAAGAAUCGCGUUCUGAGGCAUUAUGAAUCGGACGACUUCCUUUGCGUUAGUGUACGAGAGGAGGAUCUUUCCAAACUUUCAAUGGGACGGGGUAGUAUUGAUCUAUUGUUAGAUUCGGUCAACGAAAUUCUAAACAACGGCCUGAAUAUCGCAGGAAAGGCGUUCCAGUUCUUAGCCUCUUCUAACAGUCAGCUACGUAAUCAUAGUUGUUGGUUUGUUGGGCCCAGUUUUCAAUCGGAGGAUGUACGACGAUGGAUGGGAGACUUUAGUCAUAUAAGCUGUGUGGCGACUUAUAUGGCACGAAUGGGGCAAUGUUUUUCAACAUCGGUGGACACCGUAAGUGUACAGACUCCGGAGGAGGAGAUGUAUGUGGAAGAAGAUGACGUGAAGACAGCUGACAAAAAGUAUACAUUUUCUGAUGGAAUCGGUAGAAUAUCAGAAGAGAUGGCUGCAGAGGUUUCAAAAGAGUUGGGAAAAGCGUCUACACCAUCUGCGUUUCAAAUAAGGUUCGCUGGCUAUAAAGGAGUUUUAGCUUGCGAUCCUACUUUAGCUGGAAAGAAGGCAUCCUUUCGCACUAGUAUGAGAAAGUUUGAAAGUCAUCACCGAAGACUUGAAGUGACGCACACAUCUCGACCACAGGCUGUUUAUCUCAACCACCAGAUUAUUAUGCUCCUCUCCAAUCUUGGUGUCCCUGAUGAGGAAUUUCUAGCUUUGCAAAAAGAAAUGCUCGAUAGACUGGCAGAUAUGUUGGUCAAUGAAAGCGAUGCAAUCCCGGUAUUAACAAACGGGACGAAAGGGUGUUUAUCUUUUCACGCUUUGUCAAAUGGUGGAGUCCAGUUGACAACUGAGCCGUUUUUUAAAUCCCUCCUCGUGGCUAUCUACAGAAAUCGCAUCCACGAUCUCCUUUCCCGUGCUCGAAUUCGUUUACCGUCCGAUGAAGCACGUUUAAUGAUGGGUAUAAUGGAUGAAGCAGCUUUAUUACAACCAGGACAGGUUUUCAUUCAGUACUCUGCGGCUUCGGCGGAAGAUGAUGAAGGGAAUGAAUUUAAUCUAAGCGACAAAAGAAUUCUUACAGGCCCGGUUGUGGUCACCCGAAACCCAUGUUUGCAUCCAGGAGACGUUCGUCAGCUCCAAGCUGUGAAUGUUCCAAGGCUUGGUCAUCUUGUUGAUUGCAUCGUUUUCCCGCAACGUGGAUCACGUCCUCACCCGAACGAAAUGUCAGGCGGUGAUUUGGACGGGGAUCUUUACUUUGUAUGCUGGAAACAGGGUCUGUUUCCAAGCAAGCCUGAUUUUCCACCCAUGGAUUAUACGGCACCGGAAAAGAAAGAGGAACCAGAAGAAAUUACCUCGACUCACAUGACAAAGUUUCUUAUCGAUUACAUUCGGUCGGAUCAACUAGGAGUAAUCGAUAACAAACACAAAGCAUUAGCUGACCAAGAAGAACUCGGAGUUGAGUCUGACAUUUGUCUACAUUUGGCGGAGCUUCAUUCGUUAGCGGUGGAUGCUCCAAAAACUGGCAAGUGGCCUAAAAUUCCGCAAACAAAUGUGAAAAAGUAUCCAGAUUUUAUGAUGAAAUCAGAUAAACCAAACUAUCCUUCCGAAAACGUGCUGGGAAAGCUUUUUAGGCGUUGCCAGAAGUUUAAAGACACAACAUCAGAAAACUGCAGCCAAAAAAUGCGAAUAGAUGAGUCUUUUCUACUACCAGGCAACGACAGGUAUAUCGUCAAAGCAAAGGAAGUGUACCAACAAUACCGCGACAAGUUAGAGGCAUUGAUGCGACUGUACGGCGUUAAUUCUGAAGGGGAAAUCUUUACGGGUUGUUUCUUAAAGCUUCGAAAUCGUCUGCAAAAGGAAAAAACCAAUAUUGCCGAAGUUGUCAGUAAGUUACUCCUUGAAAUACGCUCUGAAUUCCGACGUGAAUUCUUUGAAGAGUUUGGCAUGGAUGAGCAUCGUCUAACCCCGGAUGCGAAAUUAUCAAAUGAGGUUUAUCUGAAAGCAUCCGCCUGGUACGCAGCCACGUACACACAUGAGGAAAACUGGGAACAACUCCAGAAAAAACGUUUUCUUGGCUUACCCUGGAUUGUUGACGAUGUAAUGUCGGCUAUGAUUACUCAGCAUCAGUCUCAUUCUCUUGCUCAAAACCUAAAUAUUGAAGCGGCAAUCGGUCAGAGUCUUGUGCGAUUGUUCGAAGAAGAAAAGGAACAGCUACUGGAACAGACGAAGGAAUCCAUUCGAAUGAAGAAUGCGAUUGUUGCUUAUCUUCAGACACUUAAUCCAGAUCUUGUCAUUUACUUCACGGGUGCGACAAGAACCAUGCUUUUCCAGACAAAGUCACCUGUCGAAUUCUGUGCACUUCCAAAAAGUCUAACAGGAAUUGACGCUGGGUUUGAUAGUGAAAUUGGGCUAAAAACUCUUCAACCAAUAGUGCGCCAUUUGAGAGCUAAAAAAGGCCCUUUUCACGAAGUUUUUCUACUUAACAAAGAACAAUUUCCGCUUAUCAGUUGUAAGGCGUCCACUGAAAAGCUGAAGAAUGAAAAUUGGCGUUCCCUUAAUCUGGCUUGUGAACUCAGCUCCUCUAAAAUUGGUCUUCUGGUUGGCAUGGGAAUCUAUAACUUCAUUGAGAAAUAUCCUCAAUUUUUGUUAAUAUUCCGUGUUAUUCAGAAAUGGUGUCAUGGGACAGGGCUCUACCAAAAUAGCGCAAAUCCCGAAAAUAUUUCUAACACGUUGAUUAUUCUCUUCAUCACUCAAUGCCUCGAUCGGGCUGAUAUUGAAAAUUUUGAAGCAGACGAGCUUUUUCAAAAGUUACGGCGCCUUCAACGUGGAGAAGACACUGAUGUCAACUUGUGUACGACUUUUGAAAAAAUUGGAACCAUCGUGGGGAAGCAAAACGAAAACCAGUUAAAUGUUACGAAACUCGGUGAAAUGUUAUUAUUGCUGUUUCGGAUUCAUGAGAUGUCAAUGGACAUUAGUAUUUCGGAACCAUUCUCUAGCAUUCUUACUCGAAAAAGUAUUUCUCAGUUGAUUCAAGAUGACCGCAAUGAACUCUUUCGAGAUCAUAUGCAAAGAGCCUAUCAACUGUUAAGGCAGUAUGGUGAUGUAAAAAUCAUGCUAUCGUGCUGCAGUUCAGAAGAAUACAAUGUCAUCUUUUUAUCGCCAAUUCUUUCCUUUUCUCUAUCCGGUAUCGAGAAAAGCAAAGCGAAAGAAAUUUCAAGAAGCUGUGGCGCAAAAAGUGUCAUCAUUCGAUCAACUAACACUCGCUCCAAGAAAUUCUCGACUUUGGAAGUCAAGGGAAAUGAGCCAGCAAUACGGGCGGUGCGACGCGAGUUAGAGAAAAUGACUGUCCAAGCAGCUGGAGAUAAAUGGUCUCUCAUGAGUGGAAGUUUUGUCGAUGGUUCUCAUUUAAUGCUCUUUGAAGGUAGCAAAAGUGUAAAAGAUAUCGUGACGCUAACACCAUAUAUUGGACCUUGCAAUCAGACGCAUGACGGUCUAGCUCGUCAUCUCGCUUUUGUAGGAAAUCCCGCAAUCGCAAAUGUAACCAACGACUACAUGUUCAAUCGCUUUACAGAACGAUUUCUACAGCAGUUCCGUUUGUUUCAAAGAGAUUUCGAUCCCGAGUUACACGGCAUUUUUGAAUUAGCGGUUCACUUUGGUAGAAAGUAUUUGUUUAGUAUACCCCAUUCAUUGCUGGAAGAUAGCGAGUCUGUAUCCAUUGAAAUGCUCAAGACUAACAAAUUCAAAAAAGGAAUCCAGCGAAAAUCACGACGUGUGCCAACAGAAAUUAACUAUGUCGAUCAGGAAACGGAGCGUCAGUUGCGGAGGAAAAAAAGGCCAAAUAAGCCAAUACCCAUCGAAGAGAAGAAAAACAAACGAAAACAUGGUAAACCUCCGAGAAGUUCAUUCUACACAGUUAUCCAUUCUCCAGACAGGAUCAAAGAUUUUCUGCGAUUUCAUGGGUUUCAGACAGAAAACGCUGACUUGAUCACGGAAACCUGUUCAGUAAACAUCUAUCGCGAGGAUGUCGAAUUUUACGUCAGAUUUGAUAACGCAUUUAGAUUUGUUGAUGUGAGAUUUCCUAAUCUUCGCUGGUGCGUUACGGAUGUAAAACGAAAAUGGAAACGUCCGCAAUCCGACAGAAACAGGCCCCAUGCUGAUAGCGAGAUAGCAGCUGAAGUCUCUCUCGAGGGCAAUGAAAUUGACAUGCGUUUCUUACUGCAAUCUCAUGCUACCUUGCAGUCGGACAAGAUAUUUGACACACAUUACAAGGAGUAUGUCGACAUACUCAAGGCAGGAACAAAUGCUGAGAAGCCAUUUACAGUUAAAGAAAAUCUUUGGAAGGAUGUCAGAAUGAUUCGACUUUCCAAGUGUAAAGUAUUCAAAUUAUGCGAGGACGUUCAGGAUGAUUUCUUAUCCAACUUAGCAGUUUAUCUCCAAGAAAUCAAGGAACUCUCAAGGCCGGGUGAGAAACCUGGUGAUUUCAAAACCGAAUACAGCCGGUGGGAAGUGUCUUUUAGGAUAGCGCCUCCUGAGAAUUUUGAAAAAAAAGCGUCGCUUAGGAAGUUUCUACGCCGGUUGUGGGACUUCGCUUUUGCGUUAUCAAAUUCCGCCUCCGAGUUUUGAACACCCCCCAUCGGAUGCCGCAAAUGUGUCUAUAAUCAGGUUGACAUAAUAUUGUUACGUAAAUUUUAUUUAGAAAUAGAGCGAUUAAUAAACCUAAACAAGAGAGGAUUUUCUCUGGAUAAAAUGGCAUUAAUCAAGUUUUAGUUUGAACAGAUUGUUUUGUUUGUACGCAAAUAACUUUCCGCCAUUUUGUUAAAUUGAUUAAUUUAGUUUGUUUUCGUUAAGGGUACAAUUUCAGCGGAGGAAUUGAUGCGCCAUGACAGAGCGCCUCAUUUUAGACUUCUACUUAGUCACUCAAGUCACUCAACUUUAAUACGAGUGGAUUUCCAGGAGGGCUGUGUUAAUAAUAAUUAACCCCCGGAUAGGCCUGUUAAUUAUUAAAAAUAGAAUAAUAUUUACAAAAUAUAAUAAAUACGAUGAACUAUAGGCAUGCAAGUUAAUCAUUUUGUAUUUCUAUAUGAAUGUAAGUUAAUAAUUUUAUAUUG